GUCAACGUUCUGGCGGCGCACUGGCGGGCGGGCUCGUGCUGUGAUUGGUGCAUCUCUCGGGGAAGCGGGGACCUGGCCGGUGCGGUUGCUAUGACGGCAGGCGGUGGAGUCUCCGCCUUUCCGGGCGCCGCCAUCUUGUUGUUGAUUCGAACGGUUAGGAGCGGGCGAGGGGGCGCCAGGACCGAGCCGGAACCGGGGGUCCCAGCGCCGCGUCCCCCGGGCGGCAGGGAGAGCCCGUCCCGUUUCUUUCAGGCAUCUCUUUGGGAUGGAGAAGUCAUCUCUCAAGCUAGCUGAAGGCAAAACGGAGAGGCUUCCAGGGUCUUUUGUAUUCUCCCUCUUGUGGGCUGAAACCCCUUUGUUCUUCUGUGCAAAGUCACAGUAACAAGAUGGAGUUUGUAGCCACCAGAUCAGAACAAGACUAAUUCCUGGGAUUUCUCAGCCGUGGCUGUCUGCCUCUCGUGAAGCUGCCCCCUCCCAGCCCAUGCGGCUCUCCCCAUGCCCCAAGUGUGCAACUGGUGCCGAACGCAAUGUGUGUUUGUCAAACCAUGGAAGUGGGCAAGUAUGGCAAAAAUGCCAGUCGAGCCGGAGAGCGAGGGGUCCUGUUGGAGCCUUUCAUUCACCAGGUGGGCGGCCACAGCAGCAUGAUGCGCUACGAUGACCACACUGUUUGCAAGCCCCUCAUUUCCCGAGAACAGCGCUUCUAUGAGUCCCUGCCCCCGGAAAUGAAGGAGUUCACGCCUGAGUAUAAAGGUGUGGUGUCUGUCUGCUUUGAGGGAGACAGUGAUGGCUACAUUAACUUGGUAGCAUAUCCCUACGUGGAGAGCGAGGCCUUGGAGCAGGAUGACAUGCCAGAGAGGGACCAGCCUCGGCGUAAGCAUUCCCGCAGGAGCCUUCACAGAUCCAGCAGUGUCGGUGAGCACAAGGAGGAGAGACCCAGCCUGGCCAAUGACAACCCUGAGAGCAGCAUCCAAGAGACAAAGAGCCCCAAGGUGGAGCUGCACAUCCAUUCCGAUGUUCCGUUUCAGAUGCUGGAUGGGAACAGCGGCCUGAGCUCAGAAAAGAUCAGCUACAAUCCAUGGAGUCUGCGCUGCCACAAGCAGCAGCUGAGCCGCAUGCGAUCGGAGUCCAAGGACCGAAAGCUCUACAAGUUCCUUUUGCUGGAGAAUGUGGUGCACCAUUUCCGAUUUCCCUGUGUGCUUGACCUGAAGAUGGGGACCAGGCAGCAUGGAGAUGAUGCUUCUGAAGAGAAGGCUGCUCGGCAGAUGAAGAAGUGUGAACAGAGUACCUCAGCCACGCUGGGCGUGAGAGUCUGUGGAAUGCAGGUCUAUCAGCUGGACACAGGACAUUACUUAUGCAGAAAUAAGUACUACGGCCGUGGUCUCUCCAUCGAGGGGUUCCGUAAUGCUCUCUACCAGUACCUCCACAAUGGCCUAGAGUUGCGCAAGGACCUCUUUGAGCCCAUACUCGCCAAACUCCGGAGCCUGAAGGCUGUGCUGGAGAGGCAGGCAUCCUACCGCUUCUACUCCAGCUCCCUCCUCAUCAUUUAUGACGGGAAGGACAAUAGGGCAGGCAUGUUCAUGGAGCGCAGGGCAGAGAUGCGCCUAAAGCGAGUGGACACCUCUCUCCCAGAGAGCCUGCAGGAUGACAGCAGCACAGAGCCCAGCCCCUCCGCCCUGCCCAAGGUGGAUGUGCGCAUGAUUGACUUUGCACACAGCACGUUCAAAGGGUUUCGGGAUGACCCCACUGUGCAUGAUGGACCUGACAUGGGCUAUGUAUUCGGGCUGGAAAGCCUCAUCAAUAUAAUGGAACAGAUGCGGGAGGAGAACCAGUAGGCCUGGGCUGUGCCCGUUCAUUCCUACCCUGGUGGCGGGAGCAGGAAAAAGCAAACAACUUUGGUAUUCAGUGGUUCGCUUGCUCCCUUGUUUAUAACUGUCCCCUAGGCUGGAAGAGCUGUGUGAGGAGUGUGAAGAUAUCUGCCAUCCUGCUGCCCAUGUGGUUCUGACUCCACUGGCCUUACCUUCUGGAGGAGGCUCCCAGGGGCCCCACUGGAUGAUGGGCUCGCUGCUGUUGUGCAUCGAUCUCUUCAUUGUGUGUGCAUUCUGGAAGGAGGACCUGGCCACAGGGAAGGGAGGAGUAAGCCAGCCCUUCAGGGUGGAGAUGGGGGUUCCGACUGGAAUUCCACUGCCUCUGCUCCCCAGAAGUCCCAGCAGAGCCUUUGGUUUGAACCUCUUCUGUCAUUUGGAAAGGGCGUUCAUUGAAAUGAGCCAGAAAUAUCUAUGGGGGCUGAUGGGCACAGCACACUCAUGCUGUUUCCUAUGGUACCAGCUGUUCGUGCAGCUAGCCCUGCCCCAGGGGUGUGAUUGAUUUGAUUGGGGUGUUACUUUGUGAUACGACAUUUAUCUUCUCCAGUUUGGGCAUUGUGACAAAUCAUCCCAAAUGGGCAGGAAUAAAUGACCAAACAAAACCCAUUGCAGAGCUGCAGCAAUGGGUAAAUCACCAUGCCCAGUUGCUGUGGGGUCAGUCAGGGAGGCUUUGCUACCACCCCUCGCCACCAUCUGCAGCUGGCAGAGAAACUUAUGCAGGGCUGUAAGGGCAGGCCUGCCUGCUGGAGUUUCUCUUCCACCAAGGAUAAGCAUGAGGUUCCUGUGCGAUUGACCCUGCCUUGGUGCAUUGAUCCAAUGAGAGUUCAGCUAACUGGCCGGCAGUGGUGUUGACAGCAAGUGAAUUCACUCCCCAGCUCUUCCACUGGAGUAUAUCAAGCUAGUCCCAACCUCAGUGUUUGUAUAGCAUAGGCACAGCAGCUGGGAUGGACGUGUCUUCUGAGCCACAUCCAGACCUGGCACUGCAGCACGAGACUGUUGUCUUCUUUGACUCCUCCCAGGGCAAGGCUGACCCCUUCCACACUCUGGAAUAGUCCGUCAUACUCCCUGGGGUGGGAAAAGGGAAGUGGCUGAGGGGACGGGGUUUCAGCCUUAGCUUGGAAGGAUCCUAGUGGAGUUAAUGAGGAGGAAGAGUCUUAGCUGAACUGACAGAGGGCUUCAGGCUGUCCCCAUCAUGUUAUCUAUUGAGCCCCAUGCUGGAGUUACUCAUUCGCAGAAGUGCCCCUUCUGUGGGUGGAAGUGGCUGGCUGGCAUGGUGACCCCCAGCUGGAAGCACUGCCAUCACUACCUGGCCUACCCUCAGGGAGCUGAUAUCUGCUGGCUUGUGUUAGGGUUGGAUACAGCUAAACAUUGCUUGGCUAUGCUCUGCCCCUAUUCUCCACUCCCACUAGUGGAUCUCUGUGCUGGGGACUUGAAUGACAGCAGGGAAAAGAGGUGCUCUGAGCUAAAUGAAAGCAUCAGGUAAAUCAGCUACAUGAAAGCCUGAUCGAAGCUGUCCAGUCUCCAAGCUGAGGAUGGACACGGUGCCUGUGGCUCAGGGUAUUCUGUGUCAGAGGGAUUCUCCACCUAGAUGUUAUUUCCAUGACCCUGAGACUAGCUCUUCUAACCCAAACUGUCAUCUGCGGGCGAGGGGGCAUUGCCAUCUGCGGUUGCUGCAGAGAGUGCAGGAUUUGGGGCCGUUGGGUCUCAAUCCUGUUACUGCUAGUUGGGGGGAAGACAGGAGCAGUGCUUGAGUUUGUGCUAAAACUUAAGACUGCCCUGUCUCUUUACUACUCUUCUGAGCUUGGUUAAAGUCCAUGUCCCCCUCAAGCCUUGCAGAUGGGGGCUGGACUCUUGGCCAUGGCAUUAGCAUUUGUUAAGUUACUCCUCCCUCCACGUCCAUGAGCUCUUCCUCCCCAAGCAGCUGCUAAUGGGAUUUUCUCAGUGGCCAGGACACAGCAGUCAAAGGUGGGCUGCUGGAAGCAAUGCAGUUAUUUCCAUGGUUGAGGCAAAGAAGUCCAAGUUAGCUGGGCAGAAAUGCAUUGAGGUCCUUGUGCAUUGUGACCAAUCAAAUCCUAGUCAAGUGGCCUGCCUUCCUCACUGGCCCUGCUAUGGCAGGUAGCGUUAAUGCGAGGCAUUUCACACCAGGGAGGGGACUCGUCCACAUAUGGUCGCUUGGUCUUUCAGCAUUCCCAUUGUCCCCCAUUCUCGGUAUUGUUGAGGGAAGCGGGGAUAUGUGUCACAGCUCUCGUCUCUCCCAUUGGAUCCUGCACUGAAGUCCUAAUGCUGAGUGUGGCACCUCAGCCAUCCUGGUGAGGCUUGUACGUUGGCUUUGGUCCAGUACCAACCCUGUAUUACAUCCUGGAUCCAGGGUCACACCGACAUAGCUGGACUUGAGGGGAGAUCUUGUCUGUACACCAGUCUCCUCAGUCAUAGUGAGGUGUAUACACAGAUCACUAGCAACAUGGUGCGUUCCCUGUUUGGUUUCUUGUGAUUCCCCUUGCAAAGUAUCUUUGGACCAUCCUGACAAAAUUUCCAGAACUUGUAAAUAGCCUUGACAACGGAAUUGUUCUGCUUGUUGGAGGGGUUUUUAUUCUGUUUGUGCUUCAUGAAGAACCAAAAGAAAUGAAGGGUUUAGUUUUGCCAGUGCUGCAGUGUUACAUUUCUGCACAGCCUUGCUCAGCAGCAAUAACCCUUCCCAUCCAGCUGAGUGCAGUGAUAUGCAGGACAUGGCGUUGGAUGGGCUUCAGGCUGGGCCGGAGAUGAAUGCAAGUGCCUUGGACUUCUGGAGGCUUGAGUUGGUUAUCUGGCUUAGAGCACAAAUGGAAUGGCUGUUUUCCUGCUAAUCCCUCCUAGACACCAUCAACACACUCCUUGUCACCCUUGCCACAGCCUCCUUAAUACAGGCGUAACUGGAAUUGAGGUGCAUAGGCAGAGCUAGUUGUGGGACACUCCCGCAGAGCAUACAUGAUGGAAGUGAGGCACUUUCACGUCUGGCUGUCAAUCCAGGGCAAGUUAGUAACUUGAAGGCAGCCCAGUAGGCACGCUGCGUGGGCAGCCCUUGUAUCUUGGCACUUCUUUGAACCCAGAGCAACAUGGGGCAGUGGAAGUGACAAUAGAAAGGCUUCAAGUGGGAGCUGGCCAGGUCAGCACAUGAAGAAAGUCUUUUCCUCAGCUGCUCUUUGCAGUUAGACUUCUAGAUGAUUGCUCUGGACGAACAUGGAGCCGUUGCUGGAUUUUAUCUCCCUCUUGCUCUUGGAGAUACAGCAUAGAGCUCGAUGCUGGCUUUGCAAGCAGCUCUGGUUGAUAUUUCCAAGGCAGUAAACGUCUCCAAAAGUGAGACUUGCAGAUCCAUUGGCUCCUGGUAGCCUCACAGCUUGCCCUGCCUUGCAGAGAAGGGAAUGAAGUCAACUCCAGGUGUCUGCUUCUGCCCAGGGCUCCUACAGGAUGGUCUUGGCACCUUCUCUGUUAUGUGGAUGGGCUUUGUUGCUGGUUUGCAGAGAUUGUUACUUUACUAGUUUGGGUGAAACAAAGUUACUGUUAGGAACUGUAGCCCCAAGCAUGGCCAGGAUGAGAGCAUUUGCUGUUAACACUGUAGCAAGUGUCCUUUCCCUUCUGGGACCAGGAACCAGGAGUCUCUAGAUAGCCACUUCUUGAGCAAUGUGCCAGCCCCUGGCUACUACCUCUGUCUAGGUAAAUCCUCACAUUAGAUAAUUAUGUGGUUAGCAGAAUCCUCAUAGAGCUGAUCCUGUUUAAAAAUGGGUUCUGUAUUUUUCAUUGUGGAACUCCCCAGUCAUUCCCCAAAGCCAAAUGGUUCAGUAUUUCGUUGGUUUGACUUCAGAGAACAAAAGAAAAGGUGCUUUUCUCCCCUGCCCUGGGAAGCAGUGUUGUAACUGGUUAACCUACCACAAGGAGGUAGGAGUGAGUUGAUGUGAUGUAACCCUGACCUAAUUUCCCAAGUGAGUGCACCCUUAUGUUUAAAUGUAGAGGACUGGCUGACCUGGUCAUAAAUGCAGCUGCUUGGUGUUGGAGUGCAGGGUUACGGGGGUGCUUUUUGGACUGCCCUUUCCUAAAAAACUAUUUUGCAUGCAUUGUACACAGUCAAAUCCACUUCAGGUGUGUGCGCAUAAAUAGUCCUUCAGUCCUGUCAAGCAGCAUAACCUGUUUGCCUCCUUUCAGAGCUUGCGAACAUUUCACGCCCAGCAGCGUGAACUUCUGUAGUAGAAUAUAAACGCACUCUGUAGUUGCCUUCAUGUAGAAAGAUGGACCUGCUUGCAGCCUUUUGGAAUACAUAGCCAGUCAAUCUCUAGCAAUAGUAUGAUCUGCCAGCAUUGAGAGCAUGUGUAGGUCUAUUAUCAAUGCAAGGGUUUUUCUGCGUCUAGGUCCCUGGUCUUACAAACAUGGACAAAAGAGAACAAGACUGUUCUUCCGAUAAACACUCUGUGGUUGGGAGGGUAGCAGGGGCUUGUUUUAUUGCCUAAAGCCAUGAGGAUUUGGAUGGGUUGCUGCUGUCUUGGGGAAGAUGUUGGGGAGUCUUCCUCUUUUCCUGGCCUGGCCUGUAACUUGUCGUACCCUGUAACUUGUCAUUGGCAGCUCUUCUUGCUGUGUCAGUGGGAGUGGAGGCUACUUUCCCUAGCUAGCAGCUUUGAUGUUUGAGUUGGGCUGGUAAGUGUAAUCUCUGUAUAAGAACUAGCAGAUCUAAGGCUUUGAAGCCUUCCUGUGGAGAUGUUGAAAUCUGCGUAAAGUACACCUGGCUCCAAAGUGGGUAGCACAUUUUGUGCAGUUUCUGUGAAUUUGGCCCCUUACGUGUAGUGGCUCUUCUCAACUCUUGUGCUAGAGCAAAAGCCGCAGGGAGCCAGUUCCCUCAGUGCUGGAGAAGGGCAUGAAGGAGUUGACUCAUCAGCUGUAACUUGCUCAUUCCUGCACCCUAGCCUGUGAGACCUCAGGCUUGUGCCAAACAGCCCUGUCCCCACAGAGGACCAAACCGUGACUCAGGGCCCGCCUGCAUGCCUGCUGCUCCUGCAUGUGUUGUGUUAUGGGGCCAAUGGAGCAGCAGUAGCUGCUCGAGGAUGUUUGCCCAACCCAGAGCUAUGUUACCUAAUUCAUCAUAUAAAGCUGAUGAUCGAGAUAAUGUGGAGGUGCAGUCUGUAGAUGUGGCAGCUCCCCAGCAUGCACUGCUCCGUUGUGAUGCAAUCAGCCUGGUUGUACUUCUUGCUGUAUAGGCCAAACCUCCAUGUUAAAGCAGAGAGCAGUGGCAUUCUGACUUCCUGGAGGGGUGAUUGUUGAGAAUCCAGUCCUGCAACUUCCUCGUUUUAUGGUGGGCCCCAUCUCCUCAUUUCCCACUCCUGGACUCUGCCCAGAACAGAGUCACCCAAACCAGAAGUUCAGACUUCGAUGUUUGUAUUUGUACUGUUAUUGCAUGUUUAUCUCAGGAGCAAAAUGCUUGUGUACUUGAAAGGUCCAGGUGUGGAGGGAUCUGUGGCAAGUGUAGAAGGACUUGUUACUGGAGGAAGGGAGGGGGCCCUCUGAAGCAGAGAGCUUUAGCCCUCUCCUGCCCUGCAUCCCUUUGGCUUGUCUGGGAGGUAUGCAGCAUCAUAUUGUCUUUGAGCAUUUCCUGCAUAUUUUUUUGAAUUCUCUUUCAGCCCCACUUUACUGGGCCAAGUCAAGCUUAUGGGCAUGAAAAGUACCAGUACCUGUACUCCAGACGCUGCAACGUUACCUCUCCUGCUGUCUCUAAAGUCAUGUAUAUACAAAUAAAAGCAGUUAGAAAUUUA